AUGGAAACUGGGGCCUUGUCACAGACAGCUCCUGACCUUUGUGCUGAGUACAACGGAGGAUGUCACGUUCACGCUGACUGCAAUCAGACCGGACUCCUCGUCAACUGCACUUGUCACAGUGGUUACCAAGGCGACGGCUUUUCAUGCCAGCCAAUCAACAGAUGCACUGAAGAGCCAAAUGGAGGCUGCAGUGACUUUGCCUCAUGCAGCUUCACAGGACCGAAUGAACGUAAUUGCGAUUGCCUGCCGGGGUACGUGGGUAAUGGAGUCCAGUGUUUGGAGGAGGUUGAGCCUCCAGUCGAUCGGUGCCUUGAGAACAACGGUGACUGUGACCCGGUGGCUCAGUGCAAAGACCUGCACUACCACACAAAAACUGGGGGGGUGUUCCACCUCCGGUCUCCUCAAGGGAAGUACCAGAUGAACUUCAGUCAAGCUAAAAAAGCCUGUGAGGACGAGGGAGGCGCUCUGGCCAGCUUCAAACAGAUGGGAGACGCUCAGCAGCUGGGCAUGCAUCUGUGUGCUGCCGGGUGGAUUGAGGGGGCAAAAGUGGGCUAUCCAAUCCGCUUCCCUUCAGCCAAAUGUGGGGACAACCAUGUGGGAGUGGUGCUGUACAGAGACCCAGUGGACCAGAGCAGCCGCUACGACGCCUACUGCUACAGAUUAACAGACGUGUCCUGUUCGUGUCCUGGCGACUUCGUUGGCAACGGAGACUUCUGUAACGGUGUUCUGGCUGACGUUUUGGCCACAAACUCCAACUUCUCCAUCUUCUACAGAUUCUUGUUGGACUACAGCAGCUCAUCACAAAACGGUAAAAACCUGGUGGAGUUCUUGUCUCAGCGAAACACGGACGUCACUUUGUUUGUUCCACACAACGAUGGAUUCACUUUCAACAAGACUUUGACCGGGAGAGACCUGGAGUACCACAUCUCGACCAAUCACAGCAGACGAUCCUUUUCAGAGCUGAAACAUCAUGACGUAAUUGUGUCCAAGAUCGGGUUUAAUCUCACGGUCACCCACGGCAACGACCAGAACACGAAACUGGUGAACCGGCGCCUCCUGCUGGACUGGGACAUCCCUGCGGUCAACGGCCUCAUCCACGUGAUCGAGGGUCCGCUCACUGCCCCUCCUCCAUCGGUCUCUCACUCGUCGCGGCGGUCGCACCACUCCAGCUCGUCCGCGGCGGCCAUCUUGGUUUCCGUGUUUGUGGCGUGUGUGGUGGGAACAGUGGGAUACUACGUCUUCAAACACAAGACCAACGCUUUCCGCUUCCACUAUUUCAGAAAUGAGGAUGAGGAUGGAGCGUCCAACAGGGUCAGGCCUGCUCUUGUGUCCAUCCCUAACCCUCUGUACGACGGCUCCACGGCCCUGAGUCCGCCCGCCCCGGAGAGCAGCCAAGAAGAAGAGCCUCCAGCGAAGCCUCCUCAGAUUCUAGACCUGGACCAGUAG